UAGAUGAUUGUCAUUUUAUAUCAUUUGGUCAUUGUGUGUUUUUUUUUGCCGGCGUGGAAUAUUAUUAUGUUUUUGGUUUUGUAUCGAUUCUUGAUUUCACCUUGAAUGCGAAUUAAUUUUUUCCGAAAUGUUUUCUUCUUCGAAAUUUUUGGCUAUAAGCAUUUUAUUGUCAAUCUCUUGUUCAUUCCAUUUUGGAUCGGUCAUAUCAGCAUCGAAUGACAAUAUCAUCAAUGCAAAAGUUGAACGAACAAUUGAUAUAAGUAGUCAAUUGGUUACGAUUACAUCACAAGUUGUGGUAUUGAAUAAGGGUAGUCAAGCAGUGAAAGAAUAUCUCAUACAAUUUGGCGAUAAACAUCACGAUGAAAAUCUUUCUUAUCUAUCGGUUACACUAGUUGAAACUAAAAAGAAAGAUGUACUGAAAGUUUCCAAAUAUCACAACGCUGAUUCAUCGUUUGCGUCAUAUAAAAUUCAUCUAGAUGAUUAUGCAAUCCCAUCGGGUAAUUCGGCUACAUUGGAAAUUGAGGCAGCAUUUGCUCAUUUAUUGGAUCCAUACCCGGUCGAAAUCAACCAGGCUGAUCGUCAAUUGGUCAUCUAUAAUGGUCGAAUUUAUUUUCCUACACCUUAUAUGACCGAGACACAAACUACACGUGUCCGAUUGCCAUCAAGUACCGGUGCAGAAUCGUAUACUAAAUUGCGGCCAGUCACUUAUUCUGAUCGAAAUAUCAACUAUGGGCCGUAUGACAAGAUUCCACCAACCAACGAUGCUGCUACAUCAGGAAAUGAAGAACUUCGUGUUCAUGUGGAAAACAAUACACCAUUUUUGACCGUAGAAAAUCUUAGCCGUACUAUUCAGAUUUCACAUUGGGCUGGAGCAAUUUCCGUGGAAGAAAUGUUGGAUGUCGUUCACACGGGGGCCAAACUUAAGGGACCAUUUUCUCGAUAUGAAUAUCAACGAGAACCAGGUUCCAAUGGUGUUUCAUCGAUUCGUUCAUGGAAAACUCGAUUGCCUGCCGGAGCUCAUGACAUUUAUUAUCGUGAUGAAAUUGGAAACAUUAGCACUAGUAACGUACGUGUAAGCUCAUCUUCUGUUUAUGUUGAUAUAAAGCCACGUUUUCCAUUGUUUGGUGGUUGGAAAACUAAAUAUAUACUUGGAUAUACACUACCUGCCAAGAAUAACUUGUUUGCAUUGGAUACAAAUACAUUAACUAACGGUGAUUACAUUCUACGUAUGCCAUUUAUCGAUCACAUCUAUGACAAUAUGAUCAUUGAUCAGGCAACCGUUAAAAUUAUUCUGCCUGAAGGUGCAAAUAAUUUCCGUUUGAAUCAUCCAUAUGAUGUUAAACGUGAAUCAGAUGAAAUAUUCUACAGUUAUCUUGAUACAAUUGGCCGACCAGUAAUCGUAUUAUCCAAAAAGAAUCUUGUCGAAUGGCAUAUACAACCAUUUGAAUUACAUUAUAAUUAUAAACCAUUUUAUCUUCUACAAGAACCAUUAUUGAUUGUUGGCUCUAUUUUUGGUCUCUGUAUCUUAGUCAUGGCUUUAGUUCGAACAAAAACAUCUUUAGAUGGUAAAUGAAUCCAUUUUUCCAUUACAAUAAUUUUGUAAAUUGUUUUAAAACAUUUUAUUUCAUGAAAAAAUAAAUUUGAUACAAAUUUAUAAAAAAAAACA